UUGAGGCCAUAUCACUCAAGAAAUCGAACCACCAAGUUAUAUUCUUGAUGGAUAAAAACUCCGAACUAAAUAAAGAUAAAAAAAGUAAUUCAAGCUAGUGUAUGCAAAUUAAUUAUGGCUAAACGAACAAACAUUAUAAUUGCUUCAGUUAUUGGUGCGCUAGUGAUUGGAGCUGGACUGGGCAUCUUAAUAUGGUGGUUAGUUACUGAUAAAGCUAUGACUGAUGAUGGUGGUAUUGACGAUAUUGACGGUAGUGGCGAUGGUGCUGAUAUAGGUGAUAAUGAAUACGAUGUUACUGAACUAUCAGGAGAUGGCCUCGGCGACAUUCCAUACACAGCAGCUUACACUAACAUCAGAGGAGCUGGCAACAUGUUCUGGUGGUUCUACCCAACCACUUCCCCCCGCAGAUCCACUACACCCUUAAUAGUGUGGCUGGAUGGAGUCACCGGAGUACCACCAAGUCUUUUAGCUAACUUCGGAAUGUUUGGACCUUAUGACAUUAAUAUGAAUGUACGAAAUGAGUCGUGGGUCGAGCAAUAUAGUCUCCUCUUCAUAGAUUCACCACUUGGAACUGGCUAUAGCACGCUGGAAGAUGGCAACAUCUCGACUAACCUUGACCAAAUGACAAACCAUCUUAUUUACACAUUGAAAUCAUUUUAUAGUCUACACAAAGAAUACUUGUACGCCCCACUAUAUAUCUUCGGUCAAGGGCAUGGUGCGCAGCAAGCGGUGUCUCUUGCUGCUAAACUGAAAGACAUUGAUCACCUUGCCCAUCUUCCAACAGGAGUGGUUAUAGGUAACGGGAUCAUAUCGCCUGCUCUGGCUCUCACGAAACUAGGCUUUUAUCUUGAAGAGCUAGGAUACAUAGAUGGCAAUGGACGCAGUGCAGUCGAAAAUAUCUCAAAUAUUAUAAACAAAGCUGUAAACGAAGAGAGAUUUGGGGAAGCUUUUGAUAGAUUAUUAUCGUUAGGAAAGUUUGUGAAUGAAAACGCCGGAGCCGUGGCAGUUAAUUUGGGUCAUAUUGUCGAAAAAUUAACUCAAGAGUCUCUCCAAGAUCCAUACAAUCAACGACAAUUCAUGAAAAAAUUGUUUGGUAUCCGUUCAAUCAAUAUUAUGGACGAAGUGAUAAGGCCUGCUUUAGGUAUACCAAAUUCCAUCAAAUUCGAUGGACAAAAUGAAAAUGCUCUACGAGCAGUCAGAAGCACUUUUAUGAUUCCUGCCGUUGACAAAGUUGAAUAUCUCCUGCAAAAUACAAAUGUUAGUGUUACAAUCUACAAUGGCAAUCUUGAUGCAGUCUCAAACACGCCAGGUCAACUGGAAUGGGUUGAUAAUCUGCGAUGGCACGGACAAGCAAAUUUCACUAGCAGUUUACGACAAACUCUUAUAAUAAACGGUUUAGUAGAAGGAUACUUCCGUGAAACACCGCGGCUCACAUUCUAUUGGAUGAAUGUUGCUGGACAAUCGGUACCUCUUGACAAUCCUGUCGCGAUGCGAAGAAUAUUACGAAGGAUAAUAGACGGCAACUAAUUUAAUUUGAUUAUUGUAAUUUUGAAUGUUAAAUAUAUUAUUUUAACAUGUAAGUUUUAGACAAAGUAACUACAUUACUACAACACAACAUAUAUCCAAAUUAUUAACUAACUACGAGUUAAUUCACACCUGACAAAAUGUCUUACCACUGCUUACCCCUGUAAAGGGAAAGAGGCGUGAUACAAGGACCUUAUAUUCGAUAAGUCUUAUAUAACUACUAGUUACUAAUCGAGACAACCAUACGAAACAUCCGAAUAAAUAAA